AAUACCCAGUAGAAAGAGCUCAAACUUUAAAAAAGUCGUGUGUCAGCAUUGAAAAACAUGUUUUCAGUUUCUUACCUACUGGGGGUUUUGUUAAGCAACCCGACACAAGAUGGCGACAGAGGGACAAACACAGACCUGUUAUUCAAGCCACGAAGAAGAACACGACGACUGCUGAUUGGUUGACUGAUUGACUGGAAACGUAGAAGAAGAAGAGACUGAACAUGGACAUUAACACAUUAUGUACAUGACCGGGACACAGACAGGAGAAUAAUAGCCUACAGUAGGUCUCUUGCAUGGAUAAAAGUUUUUGGUAAACUUAUUGAUAUUUUCUGCUUGAUGACGCACACAACGUGAUGUCGUCACUUUGUGUAUUUAUUUAGAGAUAUGUCGUUCACCAGCUGUGUGUACAGUGUGUACAGUCGGCUCACGUGGAGAGGUUCUCCCAGUAUCUCUCCACUGCUGAGGCCGCUCCCAACUGGACUAACAUGUGUUUUGUCAGCUGGUAAAAAGGACCUGAUAGACUUUCCUGUCCUGAACGAGGACGAGCUUGAAGAGCAGUUUGUGAGAGGAUCUGGACCCGGAGGACAGGCCACCAACAAAACCAGCAACUGUGUGGUGCUCAAGCACAUCCCCAGUGGGACUGUUGUGAAGUGCCAUCAAACCAGAUCUGUGGAUAUCAAUCGAAAGCGUGCUCGAGAGAUUAUGCGAGAGAAACUUGAUGUUGUUUAUAAAGGAGAACUCAGUGAAGUUCUUGUAAAGAAGAAAGAGUCUGAGCUGAGGAAACAAGAGAAGAGGAGGAAGGCAAAUGAGAAUCUGGAGAGAAAAAGACUCUUUAAAGAAGCGCUGGCUGCAGACUCCAAACCUGGAAAUGACACUGUUUAAAAUGUUUGUGUGGAAUAUAGAAUGAAUACAUAAAUAUUUAAAAGUUGUGUGUGUGUCUUUAUGCCUACAAAGACUGAAUAACAAAACCAGCAAAGGGAUACUAUCAACAGUUCUGAAUCCAAUUGGCCUUUUAUUUGAAUAGCAUCUUUCAUGCAAAUUUGCAAUAAAAUGUACAUCACAUAAUACGAGACAGAAAUUUUGAAAAAAAAAGAAAAGUCAUAAAAUACAGUCAAAAAUG